CAGGGGCCCCCCUGGCCCCUCCCCCAUAGGUGCUGCCACUGGCCCCAAAUCUGCCAUGGACCCCCGUACCGCCUGGUCACGCUGCUGCUGGGCCACAGUGUGACCUGGGUCCCUGUACCGCCUCCCAUUGCUCCCACUCUGCCAUGUGCCACUUUCAGGUCUCCUCACACUGCUGCUGGUUUCCAUUUUGUCAUAGGUUGCUGUAUGGCCUCCCAUUGCUGCUGCCUCCACCGCCACACUGUGGCUCCAAACACUGGUUUUGGCCCCGUGACUGGCCAAAUGAGUGAAGUGUGCGGUGAUUCUAAGAUCGACGGCACUCAUCUGCAUGUCAUACUGAGUGACAGUAUUAUUUUCUCUUCCCCAGCAGACUCCAAGGGCAUUUAAAUUAAAGGUACAGUGUUUCUGCACUAAUAUUA